GACGAUGCAUAAUAAUAUAAGUAGUAAUACAAACAUAAUCAUCAUCAUGCAAAACCCUUAAUUAGCAACAUGGAUGCUGUCUUUGCCCUCUCUCAAGCUUCCAGAGCUCAUUUUCUCCGUUCUCUCAUCCAAUCUUUUGGCUGCACUUACGUUUCUCUAUGGCAACACUCACUUUUAUCCAAUUAUAUAUCUCUCUUUAUAUUUUCUUAGCUUCUACUCUUCACUAGCUAUCAUUUUUAUUUACUUUUCUUUCCACAGUCGUUUGUUCUUCCUUGAUGGUUUCUACAAUGCUCUCAACAACAAACCAACUUCUUCUCAAAGCCUUUUUCACCAGUAUAGGACUUUAACGGUUUGAUGUCAGUGAUGAGUGUGUUCCAGGACUUGCUUUCAAGAAUCAACUUCCCUACAUACAACUCAAACUCUCUGAUCUCCUACCACUCACAUCCACCCAAAUUCAAGCACAAUUCUUUCAAAUGUUGUUGAUCGCAGAUGGCUGUCUUCAUGGGGUGCAAAGAGGGAGAAAUCGAACUUGGCUUCUCCAACAUUCCUCAAGAUGACAUUGAGACAGCCCUUAAGAAUUUAUUCCCAGAAGAUUUCUAUAUGCGUUUCCAAUCAAUUGAUCAGAAUCCAUAUUCAUCGUCAUCAUCUUCUUUUAUAAUAUCAUCUACAAAUACCUUUAAUCAAUCAAUCAAUGUUCCGGGAACUUCCCACUCCAACUUCCCUGAUGUCCUCGGUGUGGCUUCCACACAACCGAUUUCUCACCAACCAUUGUCUCAAGUCAUUCCAUUUCCAAGCCAUUUACCGACACCAGAGGGUGAACAUCAAGAAAUGGUAAGAGCAUUAAUCCGAGUCCUGUCUUCAACUUCUCAGCAGCAGCUUUCCCAUCAAGUUUUGCCUCAUAAUUCUGUAAAACACCCUGGAGCUGCCGAUGUCGUGAGAUAUAUACCAGAUAUGACAAACCCAAAUAUAGAACCCCACACAGAUUUCAAUUUUCGCAGGCAAAACCUGAAGAAUACAUCACUAGUGAGAGAACGCAAUAGUACUGUUCAAGCAACCGAUCACAUCAGUACCCUGCAGCAUCACUUUCGUAUGAUAUCGGAGAGAAGAAGGCGUGAAAUACUCAAAGUGAGUUUUGAGGCACUUAGAGCAAUUCUUCCUCCGGAAACUAAGAAAAGUAAAGCGAUGAUCCUGACAACAGCAAAGGAGAGAAUAAUAUCUUUGAUGGCUGACAUUGAAAAGCUUAACAUGAGAAAGCAGCAGCUUAGGAAAGAUUUGUCAGGUGUUAUGAGUGAAGAAAACAAAGGUAGGACCCCUGAUGAAAGCUUGAAUGUUCGAGUUUGGCAUGUACCAGAAUCAAGUUCGUCAGAAGAGAAAAUGGUGGACUUAGAAGUGACAGUGAGAGAACAAAGCUGCGAAAAUGUAUUGAUUCUCAUAUUGAAAUUCUUAGAAAGGAUUCAGAACUUAACCUUGAUUUCCACGAAAACAAACCUCCAUACUACAGAAGGAGGGACAACCAUUAAUGUAUUAACCUUCAGGCUGAGGAUUAUUGAGGAUAACAAAUGGGAUGAAAGUGAGUUCGAGGAAGCAAUUAGAAAGACUUGUAUCUGACCUAAUACAUUGUCAACUCCACCAAUAAAUCCACGUCAUCAUUUCAUCUUUAAAGUUGUGUUUUGAAGGAGACUUAACGAAUGAAUUUGAAAAUUUUG